AUGCGACCCGAUGUUGUGCUGUGUCAACACCUCACCAACAAGGCGCGCAAAAUGCUGCAAGAGAAGUGCCUCGGCACGGAAAAGGAGUUUGCAGCGCGGGGGAACAUUAUCAACCUCUCCGCGGUUUACGAGGAUUUUUUUUAUGAGCAGGUGUAUCAAGCGAGCAAAAUCGUUGUGGAAGCCCAGGAACACUUCUCCGCGAAGGGGAUGAAAAGUGGGAGUUGUCUAUCUGCUAAAGGACAAGAAGGUCAAACAGAGGAGCUCUAUAGUAGUGAGGCAGCUGUAGAUGCGACUCCAGCUGUCGUGCCAGGCCUAUCAAGCAUAACAUCUUCAGCAGCAAGUGACAUCGCCG